GUAUUUUUGCGAGGAAGAGACCCGAGCUAAGCGCUCAGCAGAGGGCGGUUUGCACAAAAUACGUCUUCAAUCUUAUUCGCUUGGCAUCCAGCUCGGGCGCAGUUCUGGAGUCUGUGGCGAUCAAUCUCAGACACGAUGCUGCCCUCCUGCGUCCUGCGUUUGAUCCUGCCAUCAAAAAGUAUGACAGCUACAUUCUAACGGGCGAAGAAUUUGUCGUAUUUGCUGCAGCACAGAAUCCUGAGGCCAGCGUAGGGCUUCAAUUCCCUUCGCACAUGGAAGGGCGCAGCAAGUACGUAAGCGCCUGCGCUGCGGGACCUGAUGCUGUAUCGAGGUGGAGCUUCCCGCCCUACCAGCAUGCCACGCAAAAGGCUGGCGAUGUUUACAAGGUGUGCCUGUUCGCCGGCGGUGGAUUGCCGAUCAUAUACGAGAUACGGUUGCACGUCGAAAAGAAGCUCGAUCUUCAUCUUUCCUCUUUAAAGGUAUCGGGGCACAUAUUAUCUCCAAAAUUCUCGCCGUUGGUUCGCGAAUACACCGUGAUGAUAGACAAGAACUCAUCGGGUGUGAAGUUCAGUGCUGGAGCUUCUAGUCGCAAGAUGCGCAUUCGCUUUAAGGAUCAGCGAGGGCAUGAAAAGACCCACCCCGCUGGUACAGGGGAGUUCCAUGCGAUUCUUCCUCCGAAUGACGAGAAAGAGCCCCCUAUUUGGCAGGAAGCUGUCGAGAUCUCUGUUCUACCUCCGGAAGGAGCAGUCGCUAGUAAGCAGCUGAGGCGGGAGUACAACUACAUUGUCACCAUAAAGCGAAGAGUUAGCGACUAUGCUGCUCUAACCAUGCUUACUACUGCAGACACCCCAUGCACCAUGGACCCACCCUUCGACCCUGAUGUUACAGAUUACAAAUGCGUCUGGUGGUGGGAAUACAGUAAAUACGCCUAUUUUGAGGCGGAUAUUGAUUUUGAAGGUCCCUGCCACGGAUGCACUAUCAACGUCCCAAAUCCGAAGGCGAACUGGCAUGGUGCGACUCAACUGAACUGGCCCGCUCGCCGCGUCCAUAAAGUGCCCUGGGGCCGCAAAACGAUUUGGACAAAAUACUUUUUAUACGGAGAAUUCCAUACGGUGCCGAUCUUGGUCACGAGUGAAGACCAGGUUACUGGGAAAGAGUACAGGAUUACUAUCAAGUGCAGAACUAUCGUGCGUGUCUAUAUAAUUCGCGCAACUUUCUGCUGUGACUGUGAGCCUGAGUGUGUACUUUUCCACAAACUUGCAACCCACUUCCCAAGCAAGUCAUCGACGAACUUCGCACCAUAGUCGCUGGAAUAGUGGCGAAGUAAGUAUUCUGAUGAAACUAGCAACGUAUGCUUCGCCUGUAGAAGUGUGAAAAAAAAUUACGCUAUUCCGCUAGAGCGAAAAACCAAAAAUAGAACAGGAAUUCAAAAACUCCUGUUCUGUUUCAGUUGAUCUCGUUCGGUCUGCCAGGUCGGACUUCGGGUUGGAGCGCCCGCCAUCAGUUCGCUAUAUAGCGAACUGAUGGCGGGGACCUGGUCGGACCUCGGGGUGGAGUGCCCGCCACCAGUUCGCUAUACCGCGAGCUGAUGGCGGGCAGCUGGUGGGGCCUCGGGCUGAGGUUCCCGGGGACCUGGUCGGACCUCGGGGUGAGGCGCCAGCUGUUUCAGAUUUUGAAAGCCUAAGGCGUCGCAUUUUCUGCCAGCGCCGAACACGCUUUCUUUAUCCAGUUCCAGCUUUCACCACCUUGCUUGCUGUUGCUGUUGCUUGUGCAAUUCAAAAGCUUUCCAAAUUCUGUCGCUGGCCUUCUGCUACACGCUUUGCUUUUCUCUUGCUUUACAGUUUUCAUUUUUUACUUUUGGCUAUUACUUUUUACUUUUAGCUUUUACUUUUAGUUUUUCCUUUUAGUUUUUACUCUUAGCCUUUAGCUUUAUACCUUUAGACCUUGCUUUAGACCUGUAGACCUUUAGACCUUUAGCCUUUGCUUGUAGCAUUUGCCUUAAGCUUUUGCUUUUAGCUUUUUCUUUUAGCUUUUUCUUUUAGCUUUUACUUUUAGCUUUUUUUUAGCUUUUACUUUUCGCUUUUACUUUUCGCUUUUACUUUUCGCUUUUACUUUUCGCUUUUACUUUUCGCUUUUACUUUUCGCUUUUACUCAAGGGGUGACUGGGCAAGAGGUGACGUUUCUCAUGAAAACGAAAGCGACAUCUUAGAGGAACUAGCCCCGUGCCAGCACGAUGAGCCCAAUUUCUCGAAGAUGAUGGCUGCCCAGGACACAGUGCGUGAGCAGACAGGUAGCGGUGGCGGUGCGGACACCGUGGAAGAUAAAACGCACACUGCCGCACGUGAUCAGCUAGCGAAGGACAUAAGAGAGAACAGAAGGGCUGCUGCAGAAGAGUCCAGGAAAAACGCCGAGACUAUGCAUGCUGACCCCUUUGGAAUCGGAGACGAAGAGCCCGACCCUGCUCCUUUGCCCGGGCAUCAGCGGAUAAGAUUUGGGAUUAUCAACGUGAGAGGUGACGACCGCCACAGUAAUCGACUCCAACACGCGCUUCGCGUCGCACAGCGCCGGCAGUAUGAUGUUGCCACGCUCUCUGAGUUCUCCUAUGUUUGCCCACUGUUGCCCACGCCCCGGAGACAGCAACUGGAGGCAGAGGAGAAGAUGGCUGUGGAUGAUGGUGGAAGAGAAAGUCGCGACGACGACGAGGAAGGAGAAGGCGACUUAGACGCUGCUUCGGUUGCCGAAUCCAUCGACGACGAUGCUCCGGACGACCACAGCGACCUAGUGGAAGAAACCAAGGCCGGGCAGGUUGAGCCCUUUCACUGGUUAAGGAAGGAAGCGUCCGACUUGGUAUGGGUAAAUGGUGCCGGACUUUUGAUUCUGGGCAAGGAGUUGCGAAAGCAGCUACGUGGAGAAGCCGCGAUUCCCACGAACCCCCUUCGCACGCGGGAGCGGAUGCUGUUUCUGUAUUUUGACGAACUAAUUCUCGGGCCGGUAUACGGGCCGCGGCGGGCACUAAAAGCUGAAGAACGUGCCGCGUUUGAUGCUAAUUUCUCCGAGCUGUUCCUGGAAAGCAAACGGAUCAAGAAGGAGAAAUGGAAGCAGCGGGUGGUAGGAGGCGAUUGGAGUGCGCAGAUCUCCGCAAAGGAUGGGGCGGGCAUUCAUGGAGGCCAUGGGCUCGCGAGUUCUUCGAAGCGUGGCAAGCAAUUAGCUGAGAAGCUCACGGGGCUUAGUGCAGUGUUGGUCGGCUCCUGGUUCAAAGCCAAAGACGGCAACUACCACACGUAUCGCGAUUCAACGGAAGUAGACCACGUAGUGCCAAGUGGAACGCAACUGCAGAAGUUCACCAAAUGCCUCCGCUUCGAAUCGAUGGCAAUGGUCGCAAUCUGCAGGGACAGCCGAUGCGCAGUGACAAGCUCGAUCACAAGGUGGCGGAAGUCGUUUGUGAUGUGAAAACGCGGAGGAGAUUGAUCGAGGAAGGGAUAGCAAAGAGGGCGGAGGCGUUGCGUUCGGGAUUCUCGACAAAAUCCCCCCCGCCACGAGACACCACGUGAGAGAAGUCUUCCGCGCGAGAGUAAGACAAAACGGAAACUCGCUUUCACUGGAAAAACUUCAGGACUUCCUCCUCUACAUGGCUCCACUGGUUUCGGGAAAGACGAAGAAGCGGCUGCCGUACAUGGAGCAAGACCAGCUACUAGAAUCGGCGAAGUGCAAAUAUCGCAGGCAUGUGGGAAAAUUUUCGUCAGCAAAAACUUGCAAAACAAGACCGCGCGGUGGGAAUAAGCGCCGAACAAGCAAGAAGGAAGUACUUUGAAGUCGGGAAUGCGCCCUUGUUUCCGAAAGCGAAGAGAAUUCCCAUCGAAGACGACAUGCCUAACCUCGUGCCCAAACUCCCGGCGGACAAGAUCGAGGAACUGGGCAAGCCCACUGACCCGGAAGAGUUGCAGGCAGCCACUCGCCACCUCGCCAAGGGGGGGCGCGCGAAGGACGUGAGCAACCUAUCCCCUACCAUCCUGAAGCACUUAGACGAGGAGUCCGUGAGCAUCCUCGCGAGCCUACUUAGCGACGAAAUUGCAGGGCGGAGGAUGUCAGACGUUAGUAGCAAGCUGCACACAUGCAAAGACGUGCCACUCUUCAAGAAAGGCGAUCGGAGCGACCCCGACUGCUAUAGAUUCCUCUGCAUCUCGCCACUUUUGUUUGAUGAAACUACUGACGAAGAUUCAUGCCGGCCGUUUGUACUCAUUAUUAGAGGAAGAAGGUUACUUCGACAUGCAGCAGCUGGGGUUCCGGAGAGGAAGAGGAUGCCUGGUCUACAACAGAUUGAAGGAAGAGGAAGAGGAGACUCGCUUCUGGUCUACAACAGAUUGAAGGAGGACUUGGCUCACUGCCAGCACCUCCCGCAAUUCAAUCAAGUCGCUGCGGUUUUAGUGGAUUUGGGAAAGGCAUUUCCAAGCCUCGACUGGCGCUUAGUGUGUUCGGUCAGUUCUGCUCUGGGGAUAAAACAAGCAAAAGCUUGGGAGGUCAUCGAGUCCUCUCACAGGUCGGCGAUCCAUGAAUUUGCGGACGGCGUGCAAUUCCGACUCGAUCACGGAUGCAAGGAAGGCUGCACAUCCAGCCCGCUUUUGUUUAUUUUGUCAUACGCCGCAGUGAUGCGGGCAGUCCAGCGCGAACUAGAAAAAUUACCACAAACGGAGCAGGGCGUAGCGCUGUACAUGCGGGCAAACGCUUGGCACUGGAACAGGUUCGAGAAGAUUUUUGAUUCCGCGUACAUUGGUGAGAGAAAGUCUGUGCCCCCAUUUGCAAAGCAGGGCGAGCCGGUUGAAGAAGCGAAAACGCACCCAGGGCGGUGGCUCUGCAUCAUUCUCAGCCGCCUCUUGUUUGCUGACGACGCCGCGAUCUUCUCACAGCUAGGGCCAGACCGUGCCCGUGAACUACAGGCAACGAAUGACGAAAGGAAAAAGCAGAAACCGCAACCCGGCCCAGUUGCCACGGAAGCAGCCACCGCCUUCGGGCAAGUUCUGAAAUCGUGUGGCAUGCGCGAGAACAUGAGCAAAAGAGUGGCUGGCGAGAUAACCAGCAUGGCGACGAGAAACUUGGGGAUGAACACGAACGACGAUGAGGACGGAGAGACGAAGAUCAAGAAGGCCUGGCGUGCCUUUCACGGUCUCAAAUCGAUGGUCUCCGGCCUAUCGGAUUUAUCACAACAGCGAAAGGGUGAGCUUUUGAUGACCAUGGUGCGCACGGUGUUGCUAUACGGCCUGCAAGCCCGUUCUGUGUCACCGCGUGAGCUCAGGAUGAUGGAGAAGGCCGAAAGUAAAAUGGUAAAAAUUUUUUUGGGCGUACCGUUUUGGCAGCGUGAUGAGUGUCACUCGUCAGCCAGAAGCCUACGAAGGCGCCUGCGAGCGAAUUCCUCCCCUUGCCGCUCGGCUUCGAUACCUGCAGGCGAAGAUGAUUGGGCAUGUAAUGCGGCGACCACAGGGCGACAUUGUCCGCAUGGCUCUGGUGGGGCGUUUUUCACCAAUGGCAAGCGUCCUUUGGUCCGAACCAAAUGGAAAGACUUGCCGUGCAGACUGGCUUCGAAGUAUUGAAGGCGUUAAACAGAUAGAGCCACGAAAGCGCAACGCUCCGGACCACUUUGCGGAGGUGCUGGAGUACCUGCAGGCGGCCUGCAGUCUCGGCCUGGGCCUUUUGGAACUAUUUAUUAUGGGAAGAUAUCGAAGGCACUACCGAGAGACGAGACGAAGCUACUCGAGGUGACACCCUUUACGCAAUCAGCAAGCGACUCUACUAUGUUUGUACAAGGUGGGCAUACAUCAAAGCGGUCGCGAAAGACUGGGGCGACAAUGAUCCAGACUUUGAGAAGAUUGCGGAGCAAGAGUUGAUGCAGAAAUAUUUCGACGCGGGUGGCGCGUCCAAGACAGAGGCGCAAGUAGUUCGGGAAUGUGUGGAGGCUGGAGUAGAUGGGGAAGAGAUGGCGCGGCGGUGCCUGGCUGCUGCGGCUGCCCUGCCGCAUGGCGGACCGAAGCAGAUCUACGAUUGCAGCAAAAAAGCAGAAUGUCCAUGGUGCGCUGCUGAGCUACUAGAUGCGGACGCCUUGAAGCAAUACAACGCCAACAACCAGAGCCACCCCGCUCUGGGUCUGCCUUUAUGGCUCUCGUCCCAUAUCGCUGAAGCGCACGCGCUAUGCCAACCGGUCGCCGAUGAUGCCUCGAAGGACUUGAAGAAGAACCUCAGAAAUUCAAAUCAGGCACGCGAUACGGAAGCAGGCGAGUCGAUACGUGAAGAAAUCUUGUGUCGCAGUGCCGACAUCAUCAGGACGAAGCUGAAAGGGGCGGACAAGCGCAAGAGAAUUUACUGCAAGAGCUGCGAGCUCAUGUUUCAGUCCAACGCCGGCGCAAUGGAAAAACAUGCGGAAGACCAUCGGAAGGGGAAUUUGAUUAAGAUUGGGACUUUGAAGAAAGAAGACAAGCGCCCGCUUGGGUCCAACCUGAAGCCCAACGUAUGCAGACCCGAAUAUCAUGGCUGGAACAGGACGGAAGCGAAGCACACCUACGGCGGCGGUGCUUCUGCGUGGGCCUAUCAUCUACCUCGUGAAUUUCUCUACACGGACAAGAACGGCGCGCAGCAUAUCCGGUGCCCGCACUGCAAGACGCACAAGCACGAGCUUCAACACGAUGGCGCCACGUUUCACACCCCCGAUGAAGGACAGCCACUGCGCAAACUGGGCUGGAUUGUUGGCGCGAUGAGAUCGCACCAGGCACGCUGCAAGAAGAAGAAACGGGGCCGCAGGCGUUGCGGAGAAGGAGGUCGUCCUGAGGAGCAGGACGAUGCUGAAGAAUAGUUUAAUUCUUCAAAACCCUAUACCCUUUACUGGGUAACAUCAUCAUCGUCGCUUUUAGAUUUUACUUCUAGCUUUUACUUUUUGCUUUUAGCUUUUGCUUUUAGCUUUUCUUUGCUUUUAGCUUUUGCUUUUAGCUUUUAGCUUUUAGCUUUUAGCUUUUAGCUUUUAGCUUUUAGCUUUUAGCUUUUAGCUUUUAGCUUUUAGCUUUUGCUUUUAGCUUUUGCUUUUCGCUUUUGCUUUUCGCUUUUGCUUUUCGCUUUUGCUUUUAGCUUUUGCUUUUAGCUUUUGCUUUUAGCUUUUGCUUCUAGCUUUUGCUUUUAGCUUUUGCUUUUAGACUUUACUUUUAGCUUUUGCGUUUUUUACUUAUAGCUUUUACUUGUAGCCUUUCCUUUUAGCUUUUACUUUAGCUUUUUCGUUUAGUUUUUAGCUUUUCCUUUUGCUUUUUACUUUUAGCUUUUGUUUUUUGUCUUUCCUUUUAGAGAUAGCUAAAACAGACAAGACUGCUUCUGCGAUCUGUCCUAUGAUCUCUGCUGAGCGCUACUCGAAGACCCGGAAAUGUUCUUGAUAUGGGCCGGAAGCUUUUGCUCUUCUUUUGAUUCUCGCGCAAAAAGAUCCGGAGAAGCGUCGCAAUUUGACAGGCGGUUCGUGAAAAGAGGAGGCGCAGACUGUGGGCGCGUUGCCUGAGAAGUCCCAAGAGGGAGAAAAGCACAAAAGAAAGUCGCGAAAGAAAGAAAAUAAAAGAAAGAGCUCCAGCGACAAAGAAAAGAGGGCGAAGAGCUCGCCACGCACGGACGCCCCGGCCGACAUAAUUCCAGAAAUAAAAGAAAGCAGCGAGGCUAUCUGCGGAAAAAAAAUCCCUGCGAAAAGAAAAAGCAAACACAAAGCAGGACAAAAGAAAAGAAAAGACGCAGAGGAGAAAAGAAAACAGAUAGCACGCGAAAGAAAACUCCCUGCGCAAGGUUGGCCGCAGCGAAGUGUGUAUAGCUCCGCGUUGAUCACUAAGCUCGGGGGCGUACUUAUUUCCGGCAAGCUUUAAUGCAUUUUGCAAAGAAGCGAGCCGCCGGGCUUUCAAGCUUGGGGCCUAGAUUUUCUGUCCGGCUUCCACGAUCCCCAAGAGGCGACGGGGAUAGUGGUUGUUUUCGUCGGGGGCUGGGGAUACUCUCCAGCGCUUAGGAAGUAUCUUUCGAACGCCAAGCGUGAGGGUGGUAGCGCGAAGCGGGCUCCAAUUGAACUCCCCUUCACUGCUAAAACGGGCGGCGUUGCGUCGUUCGAGAUGCCCGGCUCUCAAUGCAAUCCAGUGCAGACGAUUAGCGUUCGGAAAUUUUAAGCGGUUAAUAGUGCAGUUUCUGGCUCACCUUGGUAGCUUCUACAGUACCGAAUGCCCUUUUUGGCUUUCGCUUUUAAGUUGCGGAGUAAUAGUUUGGCCAUCACGGCUUUAGUCUUAGCAAGGGAUAGAUUGUUGGAUCGUCGCGGUGUUCAUCCGGCCGAAGAUCGAUGGAGAAGACGGGCUGAGACUUUCCAGCGCGAGAAGUUGGCUGGAAAGUGGGCGCGGAAGUUGGUCGAGGGGUUGGGUAAGAGGUUGACCUAGAAGCAAUUCUACGCUGGCUAGGGGGUGCCUGCAAUCAAACAAACUACGCGCGCACCCCCAGCAGAAGUAGAGCCUUGCUUUCGCGAAGCGCAGCGAGCGAUAAAGUUCGUCUUUUUUUACCUUCAUAUAUAACAUCUGAUCUAUUCAAGCUUCAUACUGAUUUUGCAUUGCAAUAGAUAUAGCAUAGCAGUGUCUGUGUUGCUGGACUUGAGAACGUUCGCACACACUUGCACGCACUUGCCCCACUGCGCUCGUUAUAGGCAGCAGCUUGGUCCCCUCAGAUGCAAGCACGCAAGCAAGUGGCGCAAGUCUCUUCAUGCGCUGCGUCCUGUAGGUUCAGCUCAUUCACCUCCGUCAGUGUUUCCAUCAAUUCGCCAUCGUCUCCCGAUCUCACGAAUCAGCUCGCUAGGAACAUGGUAAAGACGCGAGGACCUGAGCCAAUUCUCUCUGACCAGGCAGCUUCCUCAUAUUCCACGGCGGAACUAGCAAUGUUCAGCAUCGUGGCGGAUUCCAUGAAACGGAUCCGCCUCGUGAGGUUUCUCACGGUGCGGCAAGCUGGUACCCAGGUCGUGACUGGCCUCAGUUGCUCUAUGUCUUUGCUCUAUGACCACCGAGGAACAGAGUGAAGGAUCUAGCCAGCUCAAGUCCUUCAGCGCUGUCGCGCGCUGUCAUGGCAUUGGGAACGGGCCUCAUUUGGGACGAUCGUGCUACGUGUGUGCGGGAUCGAUUUCCAUGGCCAACGGUUUGAGUGGUGCGCGGCCCUGGUUGUGAGGUCGAGGCGUUCUCGAGGUUUGGCGGCUUCGUUCGUUUUUUUAUAGCUGCCGAGGCCACGCACCCACAGGCACGCCACGGCUUGGCCACGGCCCGCAGAUUCGGGAGCGGCGCCUCCUACAAAAUAUCUCGAAGCGUUGCGCGUUGUCGAGAGCUUACAGUGGGUGGAAAAGAUGGCUACUUCUCCACCAGCGUCGGCGCCAACUUCUCCGCCCGCUUCUCGACCAGCCUCAGAGUUCACUUCUCGCCAACUUCUUGGUCCUUGCUUAAAUGUAGUGGCGGUCUCAUGUGAGCACGAUAUUUUUGCACUGGAUAGCUAUGUUUUACCGACAAUGUCCGUGGUGGAUGAAGGCGAGCAUUACUUUAUGGGAGGGACUAGCGACAUGAUAAUUAGCAGAAUAACUAGCGCGAUGGAAGAGAAGGUUGCUGCGCUGGCUUCCGCCGAGAUAAAUAAAAUAUGCUAUUAGGCGCUAGGUGCUGCGCUGUUCCACGAAAGGCGUCGGCCCAGCGCCACUGUUCUUAUUGCGGCGCGAGGUAAUUUGUUAUUGUUGCUUCGUAGAGUAGCUCAGGGGCAUGCGGUAGGCACGGUGGGAAGAUGGCGCGCGCGCGCCGGCCGUUUGCAAUGCUACUAUUGGUCUCGCAAGUGAGCCGGUAAAGGCAAAGGGAGCGCCCGCCGCCCAAGGUUUGGGGGGUUCGUUUGGGCUGCCAAAAUAUGGGCGGCAGCAAAAUGGCAGCGGAAAAAAGACAGCAAGUGCGCAUGCUGAUGCCCUUGCUUUCGCCAACUUCUGGAGCCGGCCAAAACGUGCGUCGUUUUGAAGAAAUGCAUAACAAAAAAGCCACCGGCGCCUGCAGACUGCGAAGGCUCGCGCUCAUGCUAUAGGCCCGAUUUUAGGCACCCCGGGUGGCGGGUGCCCAGGCGGAGUCAUGGCAUGCGGAGCCGGCUUUCCUUCUCGGGCUGAAGGGGCUCGCAGCUCCUUCUGGCCACGAUUUAUAUCGAUCGCCGUGCGGUGGUGAGUGAUAUUACUAUUAGGCACGGCAGGAUGCGUAUGGCGGGCCGAGAAGUCGCGCAGUUUUUGGGGUUGAAUUGUUGCGACUGGGCUCGGUAAGACGAAAAACCGUGUCCGCGGGCUUGUUGGAAUGGGUGGCGCAGAAACGCAAAUGAAGCGCGCUAGCUACUUCCCUGAUUAUCGAGAUGGUUCGCCCGAACUCAGUAGAGCCGUAUCAAAAACGGCGACCACCGUCGCGGUAGUUAUGUCCGUCGCUAGCGCAGGAAACCUGAUGGCGCUGGCAAAACAGAUCCAGUUUAUGGACCUCACGGCAGAUAUCCGGGGAUGUCCAAAGGUAUACGCCGAUUUUACCAAAUCAAUUUCGGGGUUCAACUUUGACAUCAAACAGUUCAUGCCCGACUGGCUCACCAUGGGGCCUGCUAAGUUCCACGCUUACAAAGAGCAGAUUCUUGGACAGAUCAAAGUGACUACGAUCUACUGCAAGAAACUUCAUUCGGAGAGUCACGAAGCCGCUCGCAAAUAUCUGAAAGUGUAUGGGCCCGAGUUCUUCGAAGAAUUUAUCGCUCAAGCUGCGUCGAGCAUCGGGGUGGGUCCUCUGGAGACUACUUACGAUGCAGGUGCUCCCCUCUUCGGGGCGGCAAAGUCUUCCAGAAGACUUGCGCAGGCAGGUACAACUGCACAACUGCGCCCGCUAUCACCGUCACCUCUCGUGUACGCCGUCAACAAUUCUGCAGCAGAACCAGGACCGCACGCCGCUGAUAUUCCCAGAGGCGAUGUAGCAGCACAGGCUGCUCCAGUCUAUGUACUGCAGCAUGAAGAUAAUGGGCAGGCAGAAAAGAAGAAAACGGGCACAGAGGAGGUGGCUGAUAAAGACUCUACUAUCGCCAGCGCUAGGCUUGUCGUGAGUCGCACCAACACAAACGCGGCUGGCCUGCUAUUAAAAACUACGGGACAACAACAGAAGCGCGCUAGUAACGUAUUUCGUUCAGGAGCAGAGCGCGUCACCGAGAGCGACCCACUUGCUUUGGAAGAGGAAUACCGGCACCUGCGUAGCGUUUCGGUCCAUCCAGACCGCUCCGCACGAACGAACGCGCAGGGCUUGUUACUUGGAAGUAGAAGCUUUGCAUUUUCAAUAUGGACAUCGAUCCAGGGAGCGGCGACGCUGCAGGGCCAGAAAUCGCGCAAGCAAGGUGCAGAUACGAGGAAGCGUCGUGGUUUUCAUAUCGGACAGCGAGUCAAUGCUUCUGGGAAUGGAAACUCGUACGACUUUGGCGCAGGCAAUAUCUUUUCGCGUGAUAUUUCUUGGCCAGGUGAAGACUCCGCCUCGACGGUUGAAAACGAGACGGCGCAUCCGACGUACCACAGUGAGCUGGAGCUAGCAAGCACUAAAUCGCGGCGGCUGCAGAUUUUCGAAGAAACUACUUUCGACAAGCAUGGCUUGCCCAUCUUGAGCUGCGAAGGCAAUGCAGCCGCAGCAAGAGAAAAAGCGCUAGACACCUUGCGAGAGCUGGAGGACCUGCAGAAGAUGUUGAAUGGCGUGGCUGGAAACCUGAUCGUCAUUUGUAUUCUGAUGAUCACAGGAUUCGCCUUCUACUGGACAUAUUUUUUUUUGGUGUACCGAAAGCAGCAGACCCGACUGAUGACACUCGAAGCGGGACCACUCUGGAUUUUCUUGCUCGACUACGGGCUCAUCAACUUCAGCAAAGCAGCUAGCAACCUCAUGUUUUCUGAUAAGGUUACGCUGAAAAUCCGGGGAAAGUGCGUGCUUUGUUGGUUUCGUGCUGCAGGUGGGAAACAACUUCGUCGCGCAAACGGGGCUGCUGGUAGUCCAAAGCCGAACGCCCUGCCCCACAAAAAUAACUCCAGUCGAGUAGGCGGCAAGGUGAUUUCGCAGUGGCGGUAGGCCCAUGUAGGCCCUCCUCCGCCCGCAGUCGGUCCCAAGGUGGGUGCGCUCCUUUGCCGAGCGUCAAACCAGUAACCCUCGGACUGCGGCUGCAAAGUAGCCUGGAGCGAUCCAGUGGACUUCUGCCGCGGCUGGUGGCCGUUUUCUCGAAUGGACCGGAGGGGGCGCCGCUGGUGGGCCCAGCGCCCGUAGCCGGAGCCCCACACGAAAGGGCGGCCGGCCAAAAAAAAAGGGCUCACUGCGGCCGAGUUGCACGUGGAUCUCCGCUCUGUAUUGGCCCGGUAGCUAGGUAGCCGAAGGCAUACCAGCCGGCGAGCGCGCGCUGCGCUUAUCCGCGCGCGGGCGCGAUAUUCAUAUCUAUUUCAGAAGGAAACGGAAAGUGCUACAGCUACAGACGCGCAUGGGGCCCGAGAAGGAUAGACCAGGCAGGACCUUGGGCGCGUAGAUGAGGUAAGCGCAGCCGUGCGCCGGCGCGCUUCUCUGUAUACCCAUGCUGCCGAACUGUGAGCGGCACCUACGGACGCGAGCGGGCGCCGGCGUGGCUCAUUCACCGCAGCAGCGCAGCCCCAGACGUAGCGCGGGGCGCCCGUGUCGCCCCCUGGUAAGCGAGCGGGGCGCUGCGGCGCCGUGGCGACCAGCGUCGCGCCACGGCCCUGCUUUUGGUUUUUUUCAUGGAGGUUGGUAGGACUAACACGGAAGAGGAGGUAGUGUAAGUCCCGCCUCAAGCCAAGGAUUAAGAGCACCCUGGUGCAAUUUUUCCGAGGCAACUCCCCAGUCUUGGCUGUUCGACAUCAAAACGGGCGUUUUUUAGUCAAGUUCUGGUGGCAAAUUGUUGAAACACAGCUUGCCAGCCACUUACUCUCAGGAACUCAAUUAGCACGGACAACAGUCACUCGCUCGCCUGAAGAAGCGAGCACACGAUUGGUUUUUUCAGCGGCAGCGCUUUGGCGAGGGCUGGCGCAGCGAGCCCGCGGCUGGUGCUUUAUGGAACAGGCGCCCGCGGGAUUCUAUGCCGCGACCGAGCCUGCCGCCCGCUUUUUCCUGCGGCCAAUCGGCGUAAUUCCUGCGACGCUAUUGCUUCGGCGUAAUGUACUUUGCCUGGUGUUGGGCUGUGCCGUGGCUGUGACUGCUUCAUUAAUCAUUUUGGAUAGCGUCCAAAGCUCCCCGUUCCUAGACCAACGCGCACGCACUUAGUCCGGAUUUCUGGCGUAGUCGGGACAUAGUGUUUUUCGGGUUUCAUCCGUCGCCUUACCUCGUCAAAUUCGCGUGCCUGCUAGGUCUCAUCGGAUACCCAGUUGGAUUCCUGUGCUUUGUUGUAUACAUGAUGGUUUGGCUUCAACGGCCGGGGCAGGAAAAGUUAAUCUGGAACAAGAAGUUGCAGAAAUACGUCGAUGUUGAGUGCAGGGAAAUGAAGAUAGAAGUUCCGUCGAUCGUGCCAGGAUUUGUGCCUAUUUUUUCGCAACUUCUCAAGGGGCAUAGUCGCGGGGCGAUCCCGAUUCGAGACGAUGAGGGCAAGGUGAUGUAUUUCGGUAAUCGCAAAAAUUUGACGGCAGACGAACUGAAGGAACUAGAGGCCAAGGCUUCGCAAGGUGGCCACUCGACGUUAGAUUACCGGUUUGGUGAGAAAGUCCAUCGGAUCUUGUGCGUAAGGGUAUAGAAAAUCCAUCCACUUCGAAAACAUACGCAAAAAAGUCAUAUGCUCUGACGCAGGCGUGAAAAGUGUUGCGAACACCUGCUCUAUGACAUCGCUGUCGUUCUCAAUCAACGGGAUUCGAGCAGUCUCGGCCAUUGACGUGCAGGCGCAUGGCUUCGGAUCUGGCGGAUGUGUAGGAAUCCAAGAAGUGUCGUCGUGCUUCUGCCUCGACCGAGUCACCCCUGGCGAUCAAGGUCGCAGGGCUUUUCAUUAGGGGAGGGCUGGUGCCGCGCGGGCGCGCAGCCGCAGACUAAUGCUGUCGCGCUUCCACCUCUUCUCCACAGGAGUGGGCGCGCUUGAGCUUGUUGUCGGCUGGUACUAUUUCUCGGAAGCACCGGUAGUCCGGUUCGUCAAAGCAUCAAAGCUACACGCCCACGGCGCAGUCGCGAGCUUUAGGCGCUUGUGAACCGCUGGCAACUUCUUGUUCUUUCUUCAUUGCCUGCUGGGGAGCAAGGAUUUCGCUUUGUUGCUCGGGCUUCAGUAGCAGUGUCUCGACCUCCGUUUGCUGUGCACCGUUUUCGGAUCGGUGUGCAUCAUGCGCGCGCAUGACACGCUACGUGCCCGGAUAAAAUCCAUCACGCUGGGUGGCAUGAUUUUUGGUUGCAGAGGAGGGCACGUGAGCAACCUGGAAUCAGACUUAGUGAUUUCAGGUCUUGCAAGCAAUUGGGUUGGCGAAAUCAGGCUCGGGCCUACGGUGCAGGUUUCAGGUUUGUGUAGGAGUCGUCAGACAGGGCAGCCGCCGCCGGCCCGUCAGCACGCAAUUGGUUUCUGGACUCGGGCACGCACGACUGGCACCGUCAGAAAGCAACUGGCAUAGCAGCGCUUGGCUGGACUGCCUCAACUCCGACGCAAGCCGAUACUGGCUCGCAGUGUCCGCGUGUGACCGGGGAGUGCUCGCGCACCGCUUCUGGGCCAAACCUGCUUGGGGCUUGGCAUUCUCCUAUGUACAAUGGAAAAAACGAAACAAUUGCUGCGCGCGUACGAGCUAUUCCUAUUUUGUGGGUAUGAAGAAGGGGAUGCGAAUUCUUUGCCUGUAGUGUGUGACUUGAUGAAAAAAGACGAGGCGGAAUUUCGAAGAAUGCGGGACGAAGAAGGGAGGAAGGACCAGAUGAAAAAGGAUAAAGAAGAGGGUAUGAAAAAGCUGAAAAAAGAGUAUCGCGCGCAGGUGAAAAAAGUCGAGGAGGAAAUGGCACAGGAGGCAGCCAGGCCAGGAGCGGCAUUAGGUCCGGAUUGGCUUGUGGAGCUGUUCAAGGAGGAACCCGAAAACUGGAAUUGGAUGGAAACCCUGAAGCCCAGUGACAAGAGACGCCUUAUGGAGUCCAAAGAGGUAUGCCAAUCUUUGGACGACAUGCGCGACGACUGGCUGUCAAAGAAGAAGCGUGGUGAUGAUGAACGGUUAGAGGACGAGGAGAAGUUUGCUUUGUUGCAGUGGUUUGAUGCAAGCAUGCGCAAGCAGCGGCUUUUGGAGAAGUACAAUAUAGUAGGUCAGGGAAAGACAUCGCUAUUCCAAACAGACCACGAGGGCGGGCGAUAAGGCAGCAGAACUUACUGCACGGCCACGGCGGUGGAAUGGAUAUGGCUAUGGGUGGCGGUAGUAAGUAAGCAGUUCGAAGCUACUUUGUCGUGUGCUUCUUUUAUUUGGUAGCCAAGGCGUGCGCAAGCGCUCGCAAGAGCGCUUCGCCGAGACGCCCAUCGUCCUUCGCAAACGAGGCGUGAGGGCUCCGCCAUUGCCAUAUGGGAGGAACUCGGGGGCAUGCAACCACUGGCAAAGCGGGCCACCUUCGAUGUCGUUUGGCCGCCAGAAAGUUCACCCCGAAAAAUCUGGCCCAGUUUUUGAAAAUGCAGCAAAAUCGGCGCGGCCUGGUUGGGGGAAAGGGUAAAAACGGACUUCGUCGGCUCCGUCCGAUUCAAAAAGGAGUGCGACUUUUUGCGAACUGUAAUGGGCCUGAAAACAAACCGACUCUAUGCAGCAUGUCCCGGAGGCCGGUGCGUAGCCGAAAAGCGCAUCUUUUGUAUAAAAUGCAAGACCCGAGCUGAUGCGGCAGCUGAAAGGAAGGUUUUGAAGUUGUCACAGGGCCCCUGCCUUCGAGAUUGACAAAGAAAAAGGGUUUCUAGAUUCUAUAGAGGUGUAAGUAUCCACCUUCCACGGUUUUCGUUAUCUCGGAGGUGCCAAAUUGGAACCUUUGCCCCGCCGAUUACAAAUGCCCGACUUGGGCGGUCCAAAAGCAAGGGCUGCCGCAAACGGCAAAAAUUGCGCAACUUUUUGCCAUUUGCCUACUUUUGCCGGCCCGCCUGCCCCGGUGCAUAGCGCUAAGUAUGUUUAUGCGCGACGGCCGGCGGCGUGCUGAAAGUGAAACGGGUGGGCUUUUGCGCGCCCUCCUCUCUGGCUAGAAGAGGAUGAGAGCGCGGCCCGCCGCGGUCCAAGACUGGCGCGGUGCUCCCGCUCCAGUGUGUGCGUUGCUAUCGGCGCCCGACGAGCCCGUAGAGGCCGUCUGGACCCCACGUUCUGCCAUAGCCCCAGCCCCAUCCCCCCCCCCACAAACUGCGCCCGGGCCGUGUGCUCUUCCGCGGGGGCGCUUCCCAGAACGACUCUGCUAGCGUUACCAAUUUGCUCCGCAAGCCUGCGCGCCCGGCUCCCCGGCCCCGGCAUUACAAGCGGCCCCGCCUGUUUGGAGUCAUUGGUUUGUGCCCGAGGUGGGCUCGGUACUCAUUGAAUGUGUCGUGUCCGGCGGGGCCGGCCCGCAUGUGUGUCUGUGUGUCCGAUGUGCGGCCCCUCGGGAAUCGAGACAGAGCGCAGUGGAAGGCCUGCAGCCUGCUUGCUGAGCCUCCCGGGCCCUUUCGGUCUCUGCCGCUUUAUGUGAUGUUCGAAGAAAAUACCGAGCCCGCCGUUGCGGCGCGCUUCGGCACGUCGCUCGCUUGCGUUGGUUGCGCCGGUGCCCACUCUGUUGAUGAACGCCGCACAGCAGGCGCGACUGCAGCGCACAGCCAAUGCGACAGUUCACAGACACGACCAAGCACGAGGAUGUUGCAAUCCAGCACCGGCCCAUAGCCGACCCGUUUGUUUCGGCCGGGCCCCUCUUUGUCCUCUGCCAAGGCUAUUUCAGGACAUGCAGCGAGUGGGCGGAUGCCGGGAAGUUCGUUCUGUUCCCUCCUCCCCUGCCUGAAGACCUGUUUGCGUUUUACCUUUUUGGCGUCUAUACAUAUUGAGUAUCGUCCCACGGCAAGGGCAUCUGAAACCUCACACGCCAGACGAUGACGACUUCCGACGCGGCGUUCACUACAUCGAGAACGACCUAAGCCAACGUCUGAUAUAUCCCGGAGACCAACCGGGAAACAAAUAUAUUCCGGGAGGACAAGAGGCGGCUACUCUAUUCUGGAGCAAUGAGCCUGCGGAAGGCUGGAACGAUUGGGAGCUAAAUCCUAAGAAAGGAAAGCAUGUCCAGUACGCUACCAAAUGGCAGUACAUCUGCUUCGACUAUCCGAGCAAGCCCUGGUUCGAAGACGAGGAAGGGGAUUCUGACAUCUACUCCCAAAUAAUACCGUUUUAUUCCCAAAUACAGGCUUAUUGGAGAAAGCGGUACAGUGGCCGCGUGCAAAGAAAUAUUUCCGAACAUGAAAAGAAAGAAAUUAAGAAGUGGAUAUUCGUGGAGCUGCAGCCAUAUUACGAAAGAAAAAUGAAACUCGCCUACUAUGCCGACCAACACCCAGAGUUUUUGCGGCCACGUUCCCUAGCAGAUUUAGUAUCUGCUGACUAUCAAGAAACGCUGCUCGACAUUCGCAACCCACGACGUUGGUACAAGGUCGAAGACAGAGCCCACCAAGAAGCCCUUGCAAGGAUGGAGAGGGCCAAGCAUGACCGUCGAGUCCGACAGGAACUUGCAACUGUGGAGAAGGAGCUCGCGGAUGCAAAGGGACUAGACGAGCCCAAGAAGGCCGCACUCCGGAGAAAGAAAGCACAGCUACAAAAGCAGGUGCGCGAUUUGGCUUUUCAAGAUGUCGGGAAGAAGCAAGACGAUCAAGAGGUCUAUGGCGAAUAAGUUUGCACCGACGCACGACCUCGCAGAGUUCUUCAACUCCAAUAGUCUAAAGACCCCAACAGUGUAAAGGCCGAGGGACAUGAUGGCCCGCGGAUGAAGAUCCGUAGCUCUGUAUUGCUAUGAUGGCAGCCAUAGAGUUAGCUAGGGCUAGGCGUGCACUGGAUCAACAUGAUGAGCAUACACACACCCAGGACCCUUUGGUACAGCUCAAGCAUAGAGACACUAGCCACAUAGUAGCGCGGUAGAGGUACAGGCCUAGACCAGAGGCACUACCUCGGAGAAAUUUUUUGCAGUUUGUAUUGUGUACUGCGUGGAAGGUUUUCGCGCCGGUGCUGAUUUUCCUUCUACAAGGUCCUUCUUACGGACGAAGAGAUGACCUCGGCAGAGCGCGAUCUAUUGGACUACGCUCUCAUGUAUCACAAUGGCCACGCGGUUCGUUUCUUUCAUUUUCAAAAUGCUGAUGGAAACCGGAAAAAUUUUUCCGUACCUAUUUUUACUAUUAGCGUCUCCAGCUGGGGGCAGGCAGACGGAUUGCCGCAAUCAGGCGAGCAGUAUUCGCUCUGCGGCCGCCGGCGAUGCAUGCAUGCAGUUGUAGACGAAAAGGCAGCGGGGCUGCUUGCUAGUAGAAAGGCCGCGGGCGCCUGGCGAAGGGGGAAGAAAAGCCCGCAGGCGAGUCGUCCGCGGGCGCUUGCCCCCACUAGAGAAACGAAAUGCGCGACAGUGGUCUCAAGGUCCCUGAAGCGGGGGCAGCUUUGAGGAGCAGCAAGAACGCCAGGGACUGCCCCAAAACCGGAAGGGCGCGAGCUGUCAGACCUCUUUCGAACUUGCGACCGAGCACCCCCCGACCUACGGGGGGCGCGAUUUCUCUAGUUCUGCAUGGGGCCCGCAGGAAGCUUGCCGCGGACAAAUGAAGCCGAGAGAAGCGGGACGGGCCAGCCGUUCGCAAUCUUCCCGCCGUGCCUUCGGGGGACGGGCGUGGCCUUCUCUUCGGGCGGGCCGGAGGGAAGGCCGCCCGCGCGUGGCGAACGGGGGCAAGGGCAAGCGCCUCCAGGCGUUACGCCGCCGACCCCCUUUCAUGUCCAGCGCUCCGGCUGGUAAUGUCUCUGCCGCAGGCGCAAACAAGGAAGCAGGCGGGCGCAACGGCGCGCGCCGCGCGACCCGCCCGCCGUACAAUAUUCUCCAACACGGGGCCGCCACCCGUUUUCGCUCUGCAGAGCGCCCCCCCGUUUCCCUGAGUGCGUGCCCCGCCCACUGCUACUUUUCCCGCAGCGGGAAGCAACGGAAGCCAGCAGCACGGGCAGCCUUUUGUGGCGCAAGCCCCCCCCCCGGGCGAACCUUGCCGCGAGGCAAUGUGCGAACUGACUCGGCGCGCGUAUUAUGUUUCACAUCACAACCAUACGGUAAGCCCUGUUCAUUUCUGCGAGCGCGGUGGCCCGUGAUAAUCAAAUCUGGCGUCUCGUCUGGUUGCAGGGCUCUCAUUGGCGCGCUGCGCUUAAGCUGCUGGCAGCACUGCUUUCGAGUAGAGGUCCCAGAUGAAGUUCGCUGCUGUUAGCAAUCUACUAUUAAGCAAAAGUCGCCCAGGGCGCUACUCUGAUUCUUUUCCGUAUGGUAUACUUCUGGAGAAUUAUGUUAUGCAAAGUCGCCGACGCCGCAGCGUCAGUUUGACCGGCUCGCGCUUUGGUUUUGGUAGCGAUGGGCCCCCGUAGGGAAUGUAGUACGGCAGCCGCUGCCUUUCUCAUUUUCGGGCGGUCGGGUCUCGGUUUUUGAUCAGCCGGCCGUCUUUGACGUGGUCGGCGCAGGCGAAAAAGAGCGCGCCCGCCUACUUAUCACGAUGCUCGUGUCGUGAAAGGUGAUACUUCUAUGCGUUUGGGCGGCGCCGCGAUUGCUUCGUCAUGCAGUCGCUACGACGGAGCCUGAGGACGGCGACUCAAAGUAAUAAAUAUGUAUCAGUCGUGCGCUGAGUGCGUUUUGUUUUUUUAUCUCGCAACCUUGCACGGAAGUAGGUGGUUUGAUCAUGAAGGCGAGCGCUUUGUCAAUCUGAUGCCAAGAAGUUUGAAGAUACGUACCCGGAGGGUGCGGAGCCGUGGUGGUCCGGUUGCGACGAGCCGCAAAAGAAGGAGACUAAAAUUAUGUUCGACGAGCGCGCAUUUUGGCAAGAAAUUCGCAAGGAACGGGUGAAAGAAAAUCCCCACCUGCCACAGAAGGGAUACUGUACAAGUCCGGUGUUUACAAAGUAUCCUGACGUGUUUGUCGGUUACAAGCGCUACAACAUCGAGAAGCCAGACGGAGCGCGCACGAACGUGGAGGUCCAAGUCCAGAUGCAACACGUUUACCCGAUUAUGAAGUACGUUCCUCGUUUCAAGGUGAAUGUGCCGGAAGAAAGCCUAGAGUUCCCAACGAGGCAAUCGUGGAACAUAGUUGUGGGAAAGAUUUCCGAAGGCCAGGAGUUCGAUUACGUCGUUGAUCGAUUCUCUACGUUGGUGUCUAUUGGCGUUCUAGCAGCGCGCCCUCCCGGUGCCAUUCAGGCGAGUGUCUUUUUCGGCAUGAAGCUUUUUGUGCUAGUGAAUCAGGCACGGUCGGACUACAAAACGGUGCCGCCCCGUCGAGAAGUCCAGGAAGAUCCCGCCACUGGUGAAAAAUUUGAGCGCAACGUGGCCCGCGAUGUAACUGAUGCCCUCGUUAUAUCAAAGUUUGUCGGCGGGGACGUGUUCGUUUGGUUCAUGCAGUCGGUCACCCUCGCCUUUUUGACUUUUGGAAUGACGCAGAUUAUCCCUCCCCCCUUGACGGCGCUUUUUUGUGUGCUGGUUACUUCCGGCACAAUGAUAACCAUGAACGCGCGCUCAUUCAAGGACGAGUUUCGGAAAAUGGUUUUAGAAGCCGAAGAGAAAAUCAAUGACCUGAAAGCUAAGAUCGAGGGGUACCGGUACUACAUUCGUGAAGUACUUGCGUCCAUCGUGAUCCCAUUUUCGGGAGGGCAGUACCUUUUCCCAAAGUUGCGGGCUGCAACUGCUGGAAGUGCAGUUUUAUCUGCUAUGUCAAUCGAUAUCAUGGUGCAGGAAAUGGGAGUGAUCUUUGUUGGGGAACCGGAGAUCGAUCCGAAGCUUCCGCCUGAGGAACAACGCAUGGCGGGCAUGAAAAAAUCUCUGCAGUACUACGCGAGCCCCGCAAGACACAAAGCGCGCGUGACUUCGGUCCGGGCGACAGACCGGUACGAGGAUGACGUGAAGUCUGGUAUGACGGUUGGUUUCUCCAUCGACCAGCUCUGCUUGCGAAAAAAAGUUCCCACCAUAUGCGCUACAAUCCAGGUCGUGAAUCACUACGGCACCGAGUUUUGUGAACCCCGUUACGAUUCUUACCUUACCUUGUACAAGCCGAGCAAUUGGGAGGAAGAAGACGACGAGGAUCCUGUUAAAUUGGAAGACCUGCUUAGCACUUGGCACGAACAGGUAUAUUCGUUUCUGACUCGGGAUCUUGGUGGCCUGAUUACGGAAAGAACGGGAACCUACGAGAUAGUGCAGCAAGUCGAUCAGAUGCUGGCAAAGGAAUUUGCGGAGGGGGCAUCGACAAAAACUAUCGUGGUGCGAAUGUGUGGAGUGGAGCAUGUUAAAACCGACAUCAUGGAGGCGGGAAAUCAGGAUUUCUAUGGUAUGGUUCUCCAUGAGGCCGAGGAUCUAUGAGAGGGCACAAGUCCCCCUCCCCCUCAUUUACCUACAUUGAAUGACGAGCAGCAACGAAAGGAAGAAUAUGCAUGCAGUGUCUGCGUGACAAAUCCACACAUGGACUGUUGUACACUUUAGGGUUCCGAAAGCUGUCGCUAUCGCAGACUGUGCUAAAAGGCGAGGGCUUGGGAAAGGCGAGGGGUGGGCGUGGGUUUGGGCUUUUGCAUGACAAACGGAGGGGAGGGGUAGUUGUGCACUUUCAUAGGAUCCCACGCUGAGUUUUCCGGAAGACCGGAUGACGACAGUAGUGGAGGGCGAGUAUGAGGAUGAGCUGAAACUCUAUGAAGGGGCAACAUGGAACCAAGAGAUAGCUUUCGACUUGGCACCGGGUGAGACCUCGAUUACUUUUAGUGUGUGGGACGCGGAUCCAGGUGGUAUGGACGACUUUAUUGGGUAUACAAAUCCUAUCGGGGUCGAAAAGGUCAAAAGUUCCUGGUCCCCCAUUUUGACAACGGCGCUGUGCCAGAGGCGUGUACGGCACGACGGUAAAGUAGAGAACGUUCCCAUUACAGGGGCGUUCAACAAUCACAAGUUCGACGAAAAGGAAUACACUGAGGACGAAAAGCUGACAAGCGGUUUCAAGUACCAGAUUCGAUCCUACAAUCAAAAAGAGCAGCAGAAAAAAGCGAAGCGGGUAAAAUUCGUGAAGAAUAUGGUGAAGAAAGGGCCCACAGCGUACGGGUACUCUGCACUAGUCGCUCUUGCGCCAAAAGUUUUGAAUGAAAUUGCCAAGGUCGUUGGAGAAACCGAGCGUCAGAUUCUGGACAUAGACCCCCAUGAGUUGAUGAGUAGUGACGAGGAGGAUGAAGAAGAUCUCGCAAAACGGCCGCUGACGAAGGAGCAAGAAGCGAAGCAAAAGAAGGCAAAUAUUCUAACUAUGCCAGAAGUCGAAGCUCUAUCUGAUGAACAAGAGCAAAUAGAAGAAAAAGCCAGGACGCUCAAGUUCUACAAAGCCUGCGCUCGCGAAACCGAAAUGGCUGCGAAAAAAGCAUCCAUAAAAGAAAAAGAAAGGAAGGGGCCGACGCAAAGAAAAGUCGGUGAUAAAAUUGUCGACGUGGAGCAAUACAAAAAGGAGGAGGAAAUGAAAAAAAAAGAGGGCGCAGGGGAUCUGAAUAGGUCCAGCGAUAAACUUGCUGCACGGGAGGAGGCAUUGAGGCAGUUUGAGGAACGGAGCGCGCGCGACGGCAGCACCGUGAAAAAGAAAAAGUUCGGCAGAAUCGAAGAUCAUGGCGCGUUUUGUGCAGCAUUGGAGGAUAAACUCGAACUCUACGAAAAGAAAGCCGUUCACGAGAGUAAAAAGGUUGUGCACUACGUAGCCAUGUCAGACCAGAUUAAGCCCAAUAAGAUUUGGAAACCCGAUGCGAUUCCGAAUCACGUCGCAGAAGUAAUUAUUAAGGAGUACACCGAGAUCGAAGGCGUUGAAAUUUUGGAGCCCACCGAAGGACUUACGUACCAUGAAAUGGUAGGAAAGUACAUGAAAGGCGGGCGCCUCAAUGAAAAACUAUACUUCACGCAUGACGAGGACGACCUGUUUCUCUAUUGGGAUGGGCGUGAUCGAUGGAUUCUAAGCCCGGAGCUAGGAGCUUCUAUACACGAAGCAAAAUAUAUCGGUGGCCCCUGGGCGUUUUCAACUGACGCUGUCGCCACGCCAGACAUGAUUGACGAGCCUUUUUCUGUCGCUGAGCCCGGCUCAGAUGGCUUCGGUUGGGUAAUAGAUCCCGGACUGCGCGUCGUCGAUCAUGCGCAAGCCGAAGCACAAAGGACAGCCGGAAAAGUUCGGAAAAUGGUCCUUAGUUCAAAGAUGGCGGUGCAGCGACGGACCUUUGAGUCACCGUACUUGCAAAAGGCCCAAGAGCUCUAUUUGAAGGCUGUGAACAUUGUCUUUCCUGAUCAGGGAAAAAUGAGUCGCACCUUCCGCAAGGAUGUGCUGGUUAGCCUUGCGAGUAACUUCGUUCAACUUCGAUGGAAAGAUCAAAACAUAGAAGACCUGGCACCAUUCAGAAAGUUCCUGUUGGCAGCUUUCGAAAGCUACAACGCGGUUUGGACUUUUUUGACCCGGGAUCUACGUUUCGAGACUGCAGCAGUUCGCGAGGGACUCAAAACCAUGCUGUCGGAGAACCAAAUUUUUCCGGAUGAAGAUCCUGAGGAGCUAUGCAAGACUUUGAUGGAGCAGUGGUGUGCCGAAAAAAAAUUAUCCGACUUUGGGGUUAAAGACGUUCACAACUUGCUCGACCAUCCUCCGCAUAGUCCGAAACUAGCCAAGCUGCGGGACUGGGCGCUAGAUCACGAAGAUUUCAACGAAGUGCAUGAGCUUUGGAGUGCCCUGACUCGCAGUUGUGAAAUGGAUGCAGAUCAAUUUAUUGCCGGAGUAAAGAUAUUGGUGACAGAUUACGAGCCGAAAUUGGUCGGGCAUGAAGACGAAAUCCAUUCAUUUUGCCUUAAACUUUUCAAGCAAAUGGACGCGCAGGAAAGUGGAGGAAUUUCACGUGCUGAAAUGGCGCCGGCUAGUGGCGAAGCGUUCGCCGACAACGACCAGUCCGUGUUGCAGUACCGCGUGCCACUGAGCUAUUUUAUGACCGUCACUCUGAAUCGCACACUAAGCAAAGUAUCGCUGCGGGUCGCGUCGCGCUUCGUAGACAAAAAAGAGUGGCGGCAGUUGCGCCUGGCGCUAGAUCCUGACUGGAAAUGCGCUGACAUUUAUGAAGAACGGCUCGAAAUCAUGUGUCGACUUGAGUACUUUGAACUUUGGGAAGCGGUUGUGCAAGACAGCGAAAUGGAAAAGAAGCAAUCGUUUAUUCGACACUACGAGGGACAAGUAGCGGAUCACCAAUUUGUCGGUGGGAUCUACAUGCGACACGGGCAAGGCGAGCAGAAGUGGCCAGAUGGUCGGGUCUACGUAGGAGGGUUUCAGCAGCACAUGCCUCAUGGUCAUGGUAAUCUUUGGGCGGGUGAAGGGGAUAUCGAGGAUGAAGAAAAGCAUCCGCUUUAUGCAGGCGAUUGGGCAGACGGAAAAAGAUGCGGAUAUGGAAAGCUUUAUUGUUAAUCCUUGAAAAGCAAAAGAUCCACACUUGCCUGCAUAUUAGCAAAAUAUAGCGAAGAGCCACACGCCGCCAGCUUCAUUCCGUUUUCUUUUCACGCUCCCGACGUUUUCGAGUCAGCGAUUUGCUGACGAGAUGGGUGGAAGCUGCAGUCGCAGUCUCUGACGCAGCUGGAGAAGUUAGUAAGUAAAUGGCGAGCACUGCCUAGCACUACCCGCUUGGCGAAGGAUCAGGCGAACGGAUUCGCUGUUGCACCAGAGCCGCGCGCGCGCGACUCCUUGCUCGUUAAUGGUCUGCAAUUCUGCAACUAGAACUAGGCCAAAAGAAGUGGCGGCAGCGCCUCGCAAUUGGCGCCAGGCAGCCUCGCAAUAGUGGCAGUCGGCAGGUCUUCGCAGCAGCCAGCGCGCGCGCGGCGCUACGCUUUGCAAUUUUGGGAUGCGGCCGCCCGCGGCGUUUUGCUUUUGCAAACAACCGGCAUGGCGUGUCGUGUUGAGAAAGCAGGCCGCCCGCAUUCUUCAAAGCCUGCGCCUACUCAUCAAAAAUCUUCAGGCGGCCCUUUGGGUAGCGCGCGCGCAUCCUAAAAGCGCGGCAAAUCCGAGAAAAAUACCGUCCUAGAGCUCCAUCCGCCCUGCAACGAGCGCAGCAAAAUGUCCUCGACAAGCAUGCCGCGCCGCUUCGGAUCCUGUCGACCGGAGUUCAUCCAGGUCGCAGAGUACUUCCCUCCGUUUUCCAUGCUCCCCGGCUAUCUUGUCCGGCGUUCUUGAUUAUACGUAACGACGGCAAAUCAAGGCGAACGCGAAUAGCCCAACCGAAUACCCUUCGGGCGGAGUAUUCGUUUGGCGUCUUCGUCAUGUUUGGCCGCGAGCCGAGUCCAAUAAAUAAUUGGGGGGGGGGGGGUGUUCCGAGUCCUAUAACUCUUCCGGGGUAUGCGCGUCAGAUUUGCGGGUGUGGUUCUGUCGCCUUGAGUCGGCUUAGCCCGCCGGUUUGUCUUGUAUCGCAAGCCCGGAAGGAUUCCUCCGGGUUACACAUUUCGCGUUGCUAGCCUCAUUAAAGAAAUGCAAGGUAAAACACUAUUAGCAUGCUUGCGCUUUGGCCUGAAGUGUUAGUACGCUCGUCGUGCGUAGCUAGCUACGUCGAGUGAAAUCUUUUUGACAAACAGCAAAGCAACUGUCAAAGCGCGAAGGCAAAGAAAAAAAAGCGGUCUGUGAGUUUUUUUCAUCCAUUCAGAUUCACACUAGUACGUAGAUGUAGAUAAAACGGGUUCUAGCGUGCGCGCCAUAUUUGUACCUGUUUGCGUCCUAAAGUCUGCAAACGUUGAGCAUUAUUAGUAAGUGAGCACCUCGCGCAGCUUGCUCAAGUUUGCUAUGUAUGUUUUCAAUUCCCCACGCCGUGCGAUUUUCAAACGCAGCCACAGCCAGUUAGAGGAUGGCUGGUCGCCUGACCAGCUCCAUCGUGCGUUUAGCCAUAUCCAAAUGAGGCGUGGACGCAGUUUCGCGGCCAGGCUUCAUUCGAAGGAAAAAAAAUGCGGCACGGCGUGACAUUUUGCGACAGGCGGUUCGAAGAAAAGGCUACAUGCCUGCUCUUGACCUCGCCCGCGCCCGCGCUUCGCUUGCUCUUUUUCUUCCAAGAAGGCCUUCCAGACCCGGGGCGGCCCUGCGUCAGCGUUCUCUAGUGCAUUGAAAAAACUCAUACUCAGCAAAACCGAAAAAGUUUCAUGUGAAGAUGCCUUUUCCCACCCUUUCAGCUGCACAGCAAAAAAAAAAUACGCAGAUGCGGAAUAUUUUUUGAGCGGGGUCGCCGCCCGCUCAUCAGCACAGCUGCCAGAUGUUGUUGCAGCUAGUCCCCCGAAUUUCGCUAAUGUGCGCGCUUACGUGGAAACUUUCAAAGAUUAUUAUUGGGAGCAAAGCACUCAAGACCCCACGCGACGCCGUGGGGUGAUGACUCUACUGAGCUCGCAACAGCGGAAAGGUAUUUCCAAGGUUUACGAAGGAAAUUUUCGGGAUGAUUUGUUUCACGGCCAGGGAAAGCUUUACGUCGAAAAUAGCGUCAUCGCGAAGGUCCCGAAUGUCAUUGAUGCGCAAAGGAGACAAGCUGCGAAGGCGGACAGUUACAUACCUCUGCCCCAGAUCGAUCCAGCCCAGAUGCUUUCUUUUGAGGGCGAGUUCCGCAGUGAUUGGGGCGAAACGCGAAAGUACUUGAUGCAGAACUUUGCGAUAGAAUGGCCUGAGUCAAAGAAUUACGAGAUUGAUCGGAUACCCGACAUGGAAGACGAAAGCGGAAAAAAACACUUUAAAUUUUGGCGCUUUCUCCCCGUGGAUAAUCGAAAUUUGCAGCUUGCUGGAGCCGCUCCGUAUGAAUUUGGAUUGGACGUCUACCAAAUGAAGGCCGGAGAGUCUCUGCACAUGUACGAAGGGAAGGCAAUCUACGCAGACGAUUCAGCCUAUGAGGGCACCUUUCAGUUUGGCAAGCCACAUGGAACAGGUCGCCUUGUCCAGCGUGCGGAGCAAGACGGGGGCGAGUUCAGAGACAUCUAUCAUUACGACGGAGAGUGGGCAGACGGCCAGCGGAAUGGUGAGGGUGAGUCCGUUGACCACACAAGUAACAUUGUAUACCGUGGGCAGUGGAAACAAGAUAAGAAGAAUGGCUUUGGAAAGCAAGUGGUUCCGCCCGACAAGUACGACGCUUUUGGCUAUAAGUGGUAUGAAGGGGAAUGGGAAGAGGACAAGCGACACGGGUAUGGACAGAUUAUGCUACCAACGGAUAUCGUCUACCGGGGCCCUUUUCGCGAUAAUUUACGUGAGGGACGGGGUGUGUUGUGCGCUGAAGAUAUGGAGAAAACCCGGAGGGAGGUCGUGGUCGAGUACGAUAAUUUUGGCGAAGCCAUUGGAGAUGUCGAGCUGCUUGGUGGCGAGCUGGGAGACGUUUUUGUCAGUGCGGUUUGCAUUCCGGGGAAAGGUUUCCAUGGCGCUGAAGCCGAAGCAGAAGGCACCGCAGACAAAAAGAAGGCAAAGCGCAAGAAAAAGGGGGACGAAGAAGGUGGCGCAGAUGUAUCUGCUGCCGCAGCAGAAACUGCAAAUAAAGCCUGUAAAGCACAUCACGCGGGUAUAUCGUUAGGCUGGCAGCUUGUUCAGAUCGACGACGAUCGAAGAAAGUUCUUGGAUUACGCGGGCGAAGACUUGCUGAAGCGGUACAGCGAGGACCGCGAACAGCCUGGAGUAGAUCCAACGACACGAAAGUGCCGGCUGGUCUUUACAGAAUUUCUUAAAUUCAUGUACAAAGGCACCUUCCGCGAGGAUAAGUUCUACACUACAGAAGACGAGAAGUGCUGGCUCCUCUGCGAUGACGAAUCGUUAUACUAUGGCGAGGUGUUGGAGGAUGGUCUCCGCGAAGGAGAGGGAGUCUUGUUUCGACCAAAGCUGCAGGAGCGGAACCCGACGCUGUUUCGUGCUUGGAUGGGAGGGCUCCCCUAUAAAAGCUCUCUACCAGAAGACAAAAAGCACGAAGAAAUUUCAUACGUUGGCAACUGGCAUAAGGACCAGCAGAGUGGCCAGGGUAUUUCCUACCACGAGACGGGUGUUUACAAUGGCGCUUUCAAGGAAGGAAAGCGCCAUGGCCGUGGUAGAUGGCAAACGCACGACGGUCGGUGGAAAUAUUUCGCCGGCUCUGAUCCAACGCAUACGAACUUCUAUGAGGAUGAGAUGCACGGAAUAGCGACGGUUGAGGACGACCGAUACAUUCACGAGAACGUCAUAUUCAUGCAUGACAAGUGUAUCAUGCCAUUUACAGUGAAGGGCCCGCCAAUCAGCGGGUUUGACAAUCACCCCGUGUUCGGAGCAAUUAUGCAGGCGCGAGCCGGCAUGCGCGCUGCAGCGAAAGAAGCCAGACCCGACGAGACAGCAAAAGGUGAGCAGGACAAAAUGGGGCAGACAGGCCAAUACAAAUUGGACAAAAACGAGAAAGAACAUGCUUUCGGUGCGCCGGACGAAUCUGCCGUCAUUCGUGAAGACACAGAUCUGACCCUACCGGAAGACGACUUAUGGCUUGUAGGCGCCUCCGGGGAGAACGAGCUGAUGAAUGGUGUAUAUUGGCGCCUCUCUGAAACUUUCGGCGUUCCCAUUUUCAAGCAUUAUCGAUGCAGAACCGGGCUCCUUGGGACUGUACAUUGUGAGCGUUACCUGUUCAUGAACGAGGCGAAAAACAAAUGGCUUAUUGCCGAGAGCCCCGCUAUCGCGUCCCUACCAAAGCCCCCGGCUGCGAUGACGGCGCAGGUCGUAGACAGUGCGGAAGAUCCCCGGGACAUCGCAGGAACCUGGCAGGUUUACGAUCCCCAAACACGAAGCUACAAAGCUUUCCAAAAACUCUCGAAAGAAGACGAAAAGCGCGGCGCGUUGCCUGUUGACCGACUCCGGAUCGUCGAAAUGAGUGGGGUGGAAGUAUCCCCAUGCCAAUCCCCAAUGGUAAUUAUAGUUUCGUCUUUUGCGUGUGUGUCUGAUGUGAUGUCUUUGACAAAGACUCUUUGUGCAUAUAGUGUAACCGGCCCGGAUACUCAUCUGGUAACCAAAGCGUGCGCAAGCGCUCGCAAGCUACGCGGGGGCUCGCAAGCUCGCCCCCGCGCGCAAAGCGCUCUUUGCGAGAUGCUCAUCCAUCGCAAACGCGGCGCGAAGGCUUUGCCGUUGCCAUAUGGGAGGGCCUCGGGAGUAUGCAAGAACCACUCGCAAAGCCGGGCACUUCCAAGUGUGUUUUGCCUUGAGAAAGCGGAUCGGGCAGAAUUUGCGGGAAUUUUAGCGAAAACAGCCAAAACAGCAAUUACCAAGCGGGAAGAGCGCAAAAAAGAGAAGCUUUGCAGCUCCGCCCGGUCUGAAUCUCAAAAAAGAACGCGGCGGCUUCGGCUAACGCCAAUGGUAUGAUGCGUUUUAUAGGCGAAAACGCGUCACCCUUCGGCCGCUCCAGCCGCUUGGAGAUUGAAAGUGACAGCUUUUGCUGAAAAAGCAAAAGCCGCUUGGAAAUUAAUUGCCGCUCAGAAGUGGUUUUCAAAUUUGUCCGGAGGCCCGUGGCGCCGGGGUUGGGCGAUAAAAAAACAAUUAUCAAGCCUGUGGAGGUGUGUCCACCCCUCACGGUCUUCGACCUGUAUGAGGUCCAAAAUUGCGACCCUCACUCCGCUUGGAAAUGCUCGAUCUGGGUGGCCCAAAAAGGCUGCCAGAAAUGGCGAGAAUUGUUUCACUUUUUGAAGUUUGUGCAUUUUCCCGGGCCAGCGUGCCCUCGUGCAUAACAUUAUGCGCGAUGGAUUGCUGCUCGCCAAAAAACGCAGUCUUUUGCGCGCCCUUGCUUCCUGGUUAGAGGAUGAGAGCGCGGCUCUCGCGGGCACCACUCUUGGACCGCGGCCCUAACCAGGAAGUCAAGGGAUGCGCGGUAGCCUUCGCACUGACUGGGGUGGUUCGCACGCUUUUGGUUACCAAUAUCGCCCUCCGGGCGCGACCUUCAUAUUCAAAUUUAUUUUAUUGACUGUCGAAAAAGUUAGGGAGGACGACCGGACGCGCCCAUUAGAGUCCCAAGAUUUUUCUUGACGGAAAUGGACAAUCGAGGACCGCGAGACUGGUCGCGGCCAUGAUUUUUCUGGGUCGCGGGCCCAGGCGCCGAAAACGUACCGCGCCGGCCCCGUCCGACAGGGCCGGCCGGCGGAAUGCCGCAGAGGUAGCAAGCCCGAGAAGCUGCCGCAGCCGAACAACCCUCCGCCCCCGAGUCAAAGUGGCCGGAGGCAGCACGCUCCCGCGGCCCACUCCACAGCUCGCGCCAAUAUCCUCUGCGAGCCGCUUCGGCCGUAGUGGGACGUAGUGAAAGGCUGCCCACGUUGACACAGUGAGCCCGUCUGCCCGCCUAGCCCUAACCGCAGUGGCCUCGUCGGCCCGGGGCACCCGAAGGCCCCGACACGACAUCCAACCCCAGCGCCCCCACGGAAAUGCACUCUCAAGCGGAACGCGUCGCCCGAGGAAAAUCCGCCGAAUCCCGAUAAUAUUGCGCCCAAAUUGCUAUAUAUGAUUUGAAAAAAUUCUGGCCAGAACCCAAACACCCAGAGAGCGGCAGAAAUUGCAAAAAACGCGAAAAAUUCUUGCCGAAGUCCGGGAAGGUUCUGAACUUCCGCGGGCCUUGCCAAUUUUUUUUGGACACUUCUUGAAGCGAAUCUGGGAAAGUUCUGUGAAGAACCGGAAGCGCUAGGCAGCACCAAAAAUUUUGCAAAUCCGGAGAAAUCCCCGAGAAAAUUUGGAAAAAAUCUCUGGCCCAUUUCUUGGGCCAAAGCCAAAGCCUCGGGAGGAGCCGACAGUCGCCCUGUCGGAAAGUUUUGGGCCGGAGGCUGGCGCGGUCCCUUUUAUUUUUUCGAAAGGGCAACGGCCGCCGGCCUCCUGGGGCGAUGACCCGGGCAAUUCCUACUUAGCUAGGCGGCGUAGGCGGAGUGCCAUGUGGCGGCUGGGCGGCAAGCCUAGCCCCAACCGGAGGCCGCCUGGAGAGGCCGUUGGCCUGUCCACGGACAGGUAGUGCGCGCAGAGGCCACACAGUGGGGGGCUGCGCUGGGCGAUUCUUUGGCGGGCCCGGGGGCGAGCGCGGGGCCCCGGCCGUCGGGCCACACAAAGCAGCCCGGCCGGGAGCCUCGCCACCGCGGCGGCGCGACUUCUCGAAGAGUUUCUUGGGUGUCCGUUGCCGGCAUGAAAUCGGCCGGCCCCGAGGAAGCCCUGCAAGCGCUGGGGGGGGGCAGCGCGAUGCGAAGGUAAAAGGAGCAACGGCGGGCCUGUGCCUUUGGCCGAGGGCUACGCACUCGCUUCCGACAGGCGGAUACGUGACGCGCCUCGAGAACAUGCGCCGCCGGGUGGGGCUGCAACAAAAAACGAGGACUCUUGUGGGCGCGUUCUAAAAAAGUAAAACAGAGCGUAGAGGGAUAUCGGUAUCGCCAAGGCGUCGCGAGAAACAAACUGCGGGGGCUUGCAUUGGCACAGCAAGGCAGAUAAGAACAGCGCGCGCCUUUCUUGCCAUGUUAUAUAUAAUAUACAGCGACUUAAUGCCGCGCCAGUACCAGUUUCGAUUUUACCUGGCAGCCCCCCUUUGUAGUGCCGAAGAAUUGCUUUGGCAUUCCGUCAUAUAUAGAAAGCCUGAAAAGUAAAGCCAAGCCGUGCGCUUGACUGAUGUAAUUUAGAGCUUUAACACCCGUUAGCAUGAGAAGUGGUGAAUUUGUAGUGAAUUUUGCAUGCCAAAUUGCAGUUGGGCCCGCCGGGGCAUUGUCCCUCUUGGCCCUGUUCUGGGAAGUAGAAGGCCCUGCACCGCGCAGCAGCCGCGGGCUUUAUUUGUGCAGUGGGCAGCCAGAGGACAUGGCCCGGGCGCCAUUCUUUGGGCAGGUUUUUGCGCCUCCGGGUUCUCGCAGAAGAGCACUGCAGCAGCCGCGGCAAAGACGCCAGAAAUAAAGGCUGCGAAGCGCAUACAACUAAGCAAGAAGGCAGGCAAGGACGAAAGGACCCGGCCGAGAGCUUUGACGCAUUUUCCCGGCAGGCGCGUGAAAUCUUGCGGCAUUUUCAGCAGAAUACAGGCGGGCUUAGGGCAGCAGAGGACUACGCUUUUUCCCCCUUUGCGUUCCUUCUCAUGGCCUAUCUGUGCACUUUUUUGAGCACUUUUCUGCGCUAAAGUUUGCUUAUCACGGUCGAAAAUGGGCGCCCGGUGAAUUUUGGGGUGAAUUUUGAAAAGGGCGCCGGUGAAUUUUGGCCUCCGGCUCCUUUUCAAAAUUCGCUAGCGCGUGAGAAACUCCGGGUUUGGGGGCUUCAAAAAAGUGUCGCAAAAACAAAAAGCCUCAAAAUUCACCAAGAGAAUUCUUGACCUGAGAGCCACCUCGAAAAAGACUUGCUCCGGGGGCAAAAACACGCCUGGGGAGUUGUAAGCCGAGCACACCAGGCCAAGCAAGCUAGUGCCCGUAGCCGAGUCGUGCCUUCCUUUCCACCCGAGGCUACUCCCAGAUAUCCAAUUCCAAGCCACAACCACAACUCGUGAGAGCGCACGUGUUGAACUAGUGCCCCUGUGUUCAGGCGUCGCCCUCCCUCCCGACCAUUCCGGAGAGGAACUUCUGAGGCAGACGCGCAGAUGAACAAGAGCCCCACGACCCACACUCUUUGGUUACAUAUGCACUACACAGUCCGGCGGGCCCCAGCAAGACCUACCACUACUUCUUUCGGUGCUGCAAGUGCCACCUGGCACCGAGCAGCCCUUCACGCUGCGUGAGCUGCUUGGGCUCGUGCCCAGCCCUUUACGCAGCGCACUUCUCUUUUGAAGUAAAUGCAAGUCAUGCAAUACAAAUUCACUGCAAAUUCACCCUUCUGUAUGCUAACGACCGUCCAAGGCAUAAAUGUAAUCGAUUUCCCAUGUUCCUUUCCCCGUUUUCACACUAGGACGAAGGCGCCCCCAUUGAUUCCAAGUCGGAGACGAUCGCCGCCAUUGAUUCCAAUCGGGAGAUGAUUGCCCCCCUUGAUUCCAGCGACGGAUCGGCCCCGGAAAAAUUACCCCCGUGCCCUUCGGGGUCCGGUCCUGCGAGGCAUAUCGGCUGCAGCGUGAUGGCUGAUAGGUAAAAAGCCGGGCCCCCACACAGUUCGGCCCGCGCUUUAUUCGUAAGAGGCUUCGGGGCCUAUCGCUCGCGUCAUAGCGUAGGGCCGUGCGUUGUGUGUAGUGAGGCCGGGGGCGCGCUAACCUACCUAGCGGCUUUUUUGGCACCCGCCCAGCAAAAUGCCCGACGGCGUGCAGGCGGCCGGAAGUGUUUUCUGGCAUAAAAAAAAACGCCUCACGCACCAGGCGGCCCGGGCUUUUCCGUCAAACAAGCCCGAGGCUAUUCAUUCUCCCGCCUUCCGCUUUGGAAAACCUAACCAACGGCGCAGGGGGGCCGGCAAUAAGGGGCGCCCUUUCGGGGCUCCCACCGCCUUGGCUCCUGGCGGUUUGGCUUUGCGGCGCCCAAAAAGGAAGGGCCGGAAAAAUGCCAAAGAUAGAAAAGCCGCGCACUAAACAAAGCCGAGCACUUCAGAGGCCGACGAGAGGACAAGCCGACUGCUUUGCUGACAAGGAAAAACAAAAAAAAAAAACGCGCCCUACCAAAAACGGCAAGCGAUGCCCGGGGCGCCCAAGGGGCCCGAUCUGGUGGAGACCCAAGUGGGGCCAUAGCGUGUCGGGAACGCUUGCCCUUUCGAACCCCAGCGGUCGGCAACUUUGGGCAGUUUCCGCCGUGCAAAAAAUUAGGCGCGGCGGCAUAGAUUGUGGCCAUCGAAGCUGUGUUGGUUUUUGUGCCAAGCCAGAAAAACCGCGGCGCGGCGACACAGACGGCGGCGCCCCCGGGCGGGACGGCAAACAAAAGCGCCGAACGGCAUUGCGAAAAGUUGGCCCGCAAGGCAAGAUAGACCGGCGGGGCGCGGUCGGGUGCGGGCGGCGGCAAGAAUUAGCCAAGCCAGGACGAACAUCCGAGCUGCCCCAUAUUCGGCGCGCUUCUGCCGGCUUCCAUACUAGGCCACCCGGCCGGCCUGUAGUGCCCGCGGAGUUUGAGCUCAGCGCUAAGGGCGCCCGUUUUGUAUGCCCCCCCCACCCGGUCCUCUCGGUCACCGGCCCGCCCCAGUGCCUUGCCAUGGCCCGCUCCUCGCGCCACACCAGGAUGAGACCGCCCCAUCCAAAGUUGACCCGGCCGAAUGUCCUGGCGGGGAUUGCCAGGCUUUCCGUGUUGCUGGCUUGUAGUGCGGCCCCUUCUUCUUUUUGAUUCUUUGAUCCAUUUGUGCCAGGUUUUGGAUGGAUGCUUCCUGAGACAACCGCAGGAGCUCUUUGGGCGGCCAGUGUUUGAAAUGGAAAAUGGUGGCCAGUAUCUUUAUUGGGUAAGUGAGGACGGCCGGCCGUUGACAGAUCAACAAACUGAAGCAGGGCUCGCGAUGCAGGGACACCUGCUGCACAAGGAUAGAGGGUUCUGGUGCAUUUCGGACAGCCUGGGAGCCCCACCAAAGGACGCACAGGAGACACACAACUGGGCGCAUGUGGAGAGCAGCGCUGCGACUCCUGACGAAAUCACACAAGAAUGGCACACGUGGCAGGAUAGCAGAGAAUAUCGAAAGGAUGCGUUCCUGAAGAUCGUCGCUAUGAAGGACUUUAUGAGAGAAGGGCUAGACGAUGCGCCUCCCGUGAACGAAGAGAUGGCGCUUGCCCUGCUGCAGAGCCGAGAAAAUACUGCUGCCAGCGGAUAUUGAUCUCACACCCUGCCGCUAUUAUUUCCUGCUUGUGCCUUGAUUCGUCGGCCCGCUCAUCAAUGCAAAGUGUCAGCAGGCUCCCGGACGCGCUACCUCGCGAACAAUGAAGAGAGACGCUCAAGAUAGGGCGUGGGCCUCAUGUGCAGGCGGCAAGCUAGCGAAGAAAGGGAAACACUUGCUACCGCGAUCCGACGCGAUUGCAUUAGAGGAUCGCGAUCGAUAGUAAUUAACUCAACAGAACAAAGAGCAUGAGCUAACAAACUGCGUGUAGAUAUACGACUGCAAGUGAGAAAAUCUCAAUGCUCUUUUUACAUUUACCUGUACAGAGAGGCGGGAUCGAUAGUGGUUUACUCUCAUCUCCCGGUGUCUGACUUGAGUAUAUCUAUGUAUAUCGUUGCUAUAUAUCUUGUUAGGCAGGAGCAGCUUUGCGACCAUUUAGAGAGUUGCACGAGGAGGACGAAGGACGAUGCAAACAAUCUCGAAUUGGGCCGAGUACAAACUUGAGCCAUGCCCUGACAGCACAAGAAAUAUGAACAAUCAAAGAAAGACAAAUAGUAAGCGGAAACGUAUUGACUUUGACUGUGGCAGCAAGCCUCUACUUCCCGUCUCGACUAUUAAGGAUUUCUCGAAGCGCCUAUGUAUCGGUAUACAGAAUGGCCCUUCAGCACGCGCCCUCCCCCUCCCUAAGGAAAGUUAUUGGGUGGGAUCUCAUAAAUGCUGAGCACCUCCUACUUGUGUUAGAGCCUGAACUUGAACACGCAAGCACGCAAGGAGAAAGAAACCGC